AUGAAGCUCGCCGGAGCCGCUGCAUUUGCUCUCACCGUAGCCGUUGCCAUGGCUACCAAGCUCUCAGACUCUGCUGCUCUUGAAAAUGCUAAGUCCCAGUGCAACGUUGGUGAUAUCUCUUGCUGCAACUCCGAAGAGGAGACCAAGGCCGAUGGAAUUCUCGGUAACCUUCUCGCCGGAGGCCUUCUGAACGGUAUUUUGGGUAACUCCAACUCGCCUUGCGCUAAGACUAGCCUUAUCGAUGAGCUGGGCAUCCUUGCCUCCAUCAAGGACAGUGAAUCGGGACCCGUCUGCAAGAACAUUAUUGCUUGCUGCCCAGAGGGAACCACAACUUGCACCGCGAUUGACAACUCCGGACAGGAGUAA